AUAAAAAAAAUUAUUUAUCCGACCUAAUAGACAUUUUUAAUCCAAAAAAUCGAAACCAGGAGAAGCGGAGAUCAAUAAUGGGUUCGCUCUCUCCUGAACUCAGUUUGGAUUUUCGAUCCACUUUUGUGCCGAAAUCGAUCUCCGAUUUCUUCAAACAGGUCUCGAUGAUCGAUAAUGUGUCCGAUAGGGUCAUCAAACUUAACGAUUUCGUCAAAAGUUUGGAGGAUGAAAUGAGGAAGAUCGAUGCCUUCAAGCGGGAGCUUCCGCUCUGUAUGAUUCUGUUGAAAGAUGCCAUUUUAGCUGUGAAAGAAGAGGAGUCAAUGCAAUGUUCCGUUUCUAGAACUCAACCGGUUUUGGAAGAGUUCAAAUCUCUGAAAAAAGAAUUUGAUGAACAAGAUUUUAGAAAUGGAAAAAAUUAUAGAGAUCAGAAAAAUUGGAUGAGGUCGGUUCAGCUUUGGAACUCGGAUGAUAGUAAACGAGAUUCCAAAUUCGAAACUAAGAUAAACGAGAAAGGAGGCCCUGUAGUGACUCAAGUUUCAUUGCAGUUCUGUAGAAAUAAGAAUAGUGAGAGGAGCCAAGUGCCAUUGAAGGCAUAUUCUGUGUUCCCUUCAGCCAUGGCUGUGAGGAAGGAGGAUAAGGAGGAAUUUCCAAUUCAUGGGCUUUCUCUUUGCACUCCGGGAAUUAAGAAUCCGAUAGAGGAGUCAGCUUCUAGUGGUUCGAGAUCGAGCGGGACUAGAGCUGUUUCUUCUUCAGCUAUGACUGCUCCGGUGAGUUUACAAACCGGAACACAGCAACAGCAACAGCAGCUGUCUCGUAAGCAAAGGAGAUGCUGGUCACCAGAGUUGCAUCGACGUUUUGUUAGCGCCUUGCAGCAACUUGGAGGCUCACAGGCAGUGGCCACACCGAAGCAGAUUAGAGAGCUUAUGCAGGUGGAUGGCCUCACCAACGAUGAAGUGAAGAGUCAUCUGCAGAAAUUCCGACUUCACACGAGAAGACUUCCAGCAUCUACAGUUACCCCUACGAACCAAUCCAUUGUCGUUCUUGGGGGAUUGUUGGUGGCCGAAGAUCAGUUCCGCGAGUCAUCAAAAGCUUGCAGUUCUCAAUCUGGGUCACCCCAAGGUCCCCUUCAGUUAGGCAGGACUGGCGGGACGUCGACCACAGGGGGAGACAGCACGGAGGACGACGACAACGACGUAAAAUCAGAGAGCUACAGCUGGAAGAGCCGAAGUAAAAGAACAGGAAAGGAAGAUGCAUAAGAAGUUAGAAAAAAAAGUAUUUAAGGUACAUAAAAGAAAGGUAAAGGGUGUUGAGAGAGAGAGAGAUAGAGAGCAAGAGGGUGUGAAAUUUUGCAGGAUUAGAGUCCCUUCCCCUUUAGUAGAAAGACUACUAAUGUCUACCACUGUUAAAAUGGUACAAAUUGUUUGUAGAAACCUAUGUUUAUGUGAACAUAUCAAGUUCAUCUUCGAUAAA